GGCAGGUACCAUGACAGUGAUCGUUUAUUUGAUAAGUUUUACUUGUCAUGUCAGUUACAAUUUAGCAGUCAAUUCAUUCUUUUUCAGCUUUUGUUUGUACAACAAAUGUUUAUUUUUUUUAUCUUUACUCCAGAGAAGGUUACUGAAGACUUCAUGAAGUUUCGCCUUGGGUCACGGACAACAAGAAAGGACAGGGAUAAUGCAGCGCAGGCAUCCAGCCAUGUGUCACGAUUUUGUUACUACAUGGCUGCUGGCCUACCAUCCAGUGCUGUUUUCCAUGACCUGAGGUUCCUCCUACAAAUGGACAAGUUACGUGCUUGGCCAACAUACUUAACGCAUAAAGGCUAUGCACCGACAUCAAUCAAAAACAUGUUGAACAACGUUACCAUGUUUUUGAAGCACAUUGAGAACUCAUAUCAGAAGGCUAGCAAGAUUAAGCAGAAGGACUUUACUCAACUUCAUUAUGAGAUAAAGAGAAUAGCAUCAGAGGUCCAAAGGAAGGUGGUGGUCCAUGGGCAGAAAGUGCUGUCCCGAAAAACAGAUGAUCAGCUUCUCGCACAUGACCAAAUGCAAUUUAUGAAGGCUGCCAGGAAAAAAAUUCCAAAGCUGCUUGAAGACUUAUCCAGACAGACGCAUGAGAAGGAGCAGCACUCCAAGUUGAUGGGGUAUAUAAUGGGGUACCUCGCCAUGCUGACAGGACACAGAUCUGUGGUCCUCACCAACAUGACCAAAGAAGCUGUGGUCAAAUUUGAGUCGUGGAAUCACGGCGAGAGGUUCCACAUUCUGGUGGAUGAACACGAAACAGUUCAGGCAUUCGGCCAAGCCUCACUUGCCCUGAACAGUGAAGAGUUUUCAUGGCUUGAAGCACUGACAAAUGGAAAAUGCUGUGACCACGGGAAGAGGAGCAAGUAUGUGUUCCACACAGAUGCCGGCAAACAGAUGGUGAAGCCCUCAAACUUCCUGAUCCUGGCUUGGGAGGACGCAGGAAUGCAGAGUACAAUCACCUUCAAUAAGAUCCGAAGCUGUAGAAUAGGAAUGUGGAAGUUGGAAGUCAGCCGUUGAUGUGGAAUGUGGAAGUUGGAAACUUGUAGUCAUUUUAAAGUGUUGAGAUGUAAACAGUUAAUUGAGAGCCCUGAGUAAAGUUACUGAGACACAGUUUCCAAAUAUCCACUUCAAGUAGCAUAUUUUUAAAUUUUAUGUCUUUGGGUUUCCAGGCGGACCGACACCUGUCUGAAAAGGAACGCAAGCAGGUGGCAAAAGCCAUGUGCCACGAUCCAACUACAGCUGACAAGUUUUAUGUGGCUCUGCCUGACAAAAUUAUGGCAUAUGAAACUAGGAUGCUAAGACUCAAAGCCCUGAGGAUGUCUGAAAGUCAUAUGGAACAUGAUGAGGAUGAAACCAGCCUAAGUGACACAGGAGAGACCAGCUCAGAAGAUGAGCAGCCCAUCAAUGAUGAUGGACCUGAUUCAGAAUCGUCACUGUCUUCGGACGAGCUGAGACGCAUGCCUCAAAAACGUGCAGCAAAAAACUUGACUGUUACGGUUUCUGGGCCUUCAUCCUCAGAGGAUGAAGUCCCACCAGCUCAACCUCUACCAUAUAAGAAAAGACUGAAGUUCACUGGGAAAUCCAAGAAAUACGGCAUUCCAAAGAGGCCCGAUGUGUUUGCACUGUCAAAGUGUAAGGUGCAGGUUGAAAGGCUAAGCUCAUCUAUUACAGAAUAUUAUAAGACGAAAAUGAAAUCACAGUUCCUGCCAAAACAGGUUGUCCACUCUGACCAUCCACCCCCAGCUGAGUGCAGUGUCAGGAAUGAGGUAGAUAUCACAGAUCAGGAGAAAGGAGGAUGUCAAAUUGAAGAGAGGCCCCACAUGACAAGUAGAAGUUUCCCCACACCCCCUGUUGAGCAGGCUCCAGGGGAUGUGCAGGAACCCCCCACCUCCAUCAAGCAGACGCCUGAGGAAACAAAUCCUGAGGGUGCACAACAAUCUGCGUCUAUGCUCUCAAGCUUGGAGACACCGGAGUAUGUGUAUCUGCCCAUUGAGAUACUGGAGUCCGUGCCAGAGACUCUAGUCAUGGAUAUUCAAGACUGUGCCCCUGAUACCUUGAUCCAGAUGACAACUGAGGUCAUUGUCGAAACGCUUGCAGAGGACAUGCCACAAACCCAAGCCGCUGAUCCCACAGGCUGUGCCCCUGAGAACCUGACCCCGAUGACAGCCGAGUCAUUAGAGGCAGUCAAACAAAUAGUGGAUGCCACAACAACAUAGCUGAGUCUCCUCAGUUAUUUUCUACUGCCCUGUGUUUGCUGUUCCACUCUCUGUUCCACUAACCCCAUACCUGUUAUUAGUUAAGGGUAAUUAUGCUAGCACUUCAAUUCAAUUUAAAGUUGAAUCUUUCUAUUUGGAAUUUCAUUCCAGCAAAUUUGUUUUAUGAUAUUUCAUAAGGAUUUUAUUGUUCAAUGUUCAUGUCCAGAUAACCAAAUCCAACAUUUCUUCUGGGGCACAUUUGGCAUGGA